GCGCCAGUUGCAAUUUAUUAUAUUUUUGUUUUUAAUUUUAAAAAUAUUUUUUUUUUUGCGAAUAUUUUGUUUUAUUCACUAGUUUUUUUCAUUGUUUGCUUACAAAAAUGGAUCCAAAUGUAAUUGAAUUCAUCGGGGAAAAAACAACAAUUGGUGUAAUUCCGAAUUUCACCUUCGAUCCCAUUCAUUUGAUCUCUGGAAGCAUUGGACCCUUCCGAGCUGGAUUACCAGUUCAUGUCCCUCUCUGGUUGGCCAUUCAUUUGCGUAAACAACAAAAAUGUCGUAUUGUCCCACCAAUGUGGAUGGACAUGGAGUUGCUCGAGGAAAUCAAAGAAGAAGAAAAACGCUCCAGAUUCUUCACAAAAAUGCCCAGUGAACACUACAUGAUUGAAGCCCAACUAAUUCUCAGCACAGCUCCCAAUGAUGUCCCCAAAUGCGAGGAGAUUCGAACUAUUAUCAAGGAUAUCUACGAUAUAAGAGAAUCCAAACUACGUACUUCGAUUGAUGCAUUUAUCAAGGGCGAAGGUACCUAUGCCAAGUUGGAUAAUUUAACUUUGUUUGAGAUUCAUAGUGUUCGACCAAUUUUACCUCACGCAUUGGAUCACAUUGCGAGAUAUCAACGAACAGCUGAGGCAUCACAGAAAAGUACCUCCACUUUGGGCUUGAGUUCGAGUGUCAACACAAGUUCAUUCUUUAGUAGUCAGUAAAUUAAACAAAAAUAAGCUAAGAAAAUUAACAAUUUAUUAUGUAGUUUUAAGUUCUAAUGGCUGUUCCAUCUAAAAUUUUGUACAACAAAAAUAUUAGGAACAAAUAAUUAUGCAUCUUUUGAGAACAAAAUACAAAAUGAAUACAAUUUUUCUGUUUGAGAAAAAUCUAAAAGAACCAAAUAUGUGGUGACAUCUAAUUCCUUAAAAAU